AUGGUAUUCUGUCUUUUGGUCCAUUCAGAAGACACUGGGUCCAAGAAGUAUCAACAGUUGAUUCUUGAAUCUGGAAUAGAUGGAGUAGAUUAUCUUCUCUUAGGUGGCAGAAUACUUUACUCCUUAAAUACAUCAGUUAAAUUUCAUACAGUUCCACCUCGUGAGGAACUUUCCCCCAAUGGUCUGCAGUGUCCAGCUUGCUUCGAAAGCGACAAAAAUGAAAAAAAUCAAGUUGCCAAAGUUGGACGAAUAUUGCCUGCUAAGCCUCUACCUGCGUCAAUUCCCUUGUUGAUCCAUCUCUGCUCUGAGUCUCCUAAUCUUUCUAGAAUGCUGAAGGCACUCCUGAGUGCAUGCCUCCUCUUGGCCCUGCUUUCUGCAGUUAAACCUGAAGUGCAAAUUGAGAAUACUUGUUUGUCAUCCAGAUACUGUUUCUCAGGCGAUUACAGUUUCACUGCAGCGGAUGGUAAAUUCUUUGAGAUGAAGAUGCAAUGCUGCAACACUGACCUGUGUAACAAUGAAACUCUCAGCCUUCCUGAUCGCAACAUGCUGGCUGAAAAUGGUCUGCAGUGCCCAUCGUGCUUCUCCAAAGGAAAGGAAAAGUGUAAAAGUGAGACGAUCAUCAACUGCCUUGAGAAUGAGACCCAAUGUGUUGAUUUUAGAGGAGCUUUUAAGAAAGAUACCGUUUUCCCCAACUAUUUCACUUUCCAAGGUUGUGCAACAACAAAUUUCUGUGCCAUCCGGAAAAAUGGAAGAGUUUUUAUUGGAAUUCGGAGGUUUAUUCUUUCAGUUUAUGAAGAAAGCUGUUAUAAUGCUUCACGAAUCUCACACCAGCCUGAACAGGAAGGGUAAAUCGGACACUGUAGACCUCCUCGUGUAUUCCAAAAUCCAUGGCAAUGAGGGGGAAUUGGAGGCCUAGUGGUGAAAUCUAGGACUCGGGAUCUCUGUUUCUUGCUUGCUUGCUUGCUUUUGGUGGAGGUAAAGAGAAACAAGAGCAGAGAAAAGGGGGUCAGCAUGUGGGGAUUGUGGAUUCUAAAUACAA